AUGGCGUCACAGGGCAGCGGCACAAUGAUAAGCUGCCAGAACCGGAUCAUCCAAAACCGAAUCAUCCAGCUGAUCCAGCAGAAGGCAGCUGGUAUUGAACCAAAGGUGUUAGGGCCGCAGGUGGUGGAGGAAGUGGCGGCGGCGUUUCGAGGGAUUGCCACCGCGUCAGAGCCAAGUACUCAAGAAACACACGAAAAACACGACGCCCCCCAAACCGCCCCCGCCAACCCCCAACCCGCACCCCCCGGUGGCCGUUAUCACGUGGCUCUGGAUAUCGACUUGCCGCUGCUGGCUCGCCUGAGCGCAGCACAGCAGGACAGCUGGUCUCGGAGCCUGGCGUCAUUGCGGCUGCUGAUGGUGGGCCACCCGCUCAGGCAGGUGUUUCGUGCCCUUGAGGCGGGUUCACUGGCGCCGGGUCCCCCCUUGGUGUGCUGCAAUACCCCUGGGCAGGUGUUCGUCAUCAAACCGGCCUCGGAGAGUGUUGCCUUGACCUUCCCGUUGAGGUUCAGUGGUCGACAAGACACGGCCAUAGGGGUGGCGUUUCUGCAGGAGUUUGUGGAGGCUCGUCGAGGCCCCUCCCUGGGGCGAGCCCCCACCUGCAGCUAUCAGCUGAAGGAGCCCCCGGGGGAGCUGGCAGGUUUGGAUCUGUCUGGCAUGGGGGUCGGGGGCCCCGGCGGCGGCGGUUGCAACGGCGGCUACCUAACCCUCACGCUGACGCGGCGCCACGUGUCUGGUCCCCAGAUGGAGGCGGUGGUUUGGAUCCUGGCCACGUUGCCCCACUUCGUGUCGUCGCACGUCAAGGCGACCAAGGCCAUGUUGCGCUCCCGGAUGCGACGUCGUGUGAUGUCGAUGAUCGAGUUGCUUGGGGCCGGAGGGGGCGGUGCGGGGCCGGCCGCCGGGCUGGUGACGUAA